AUGCAUUUCGCAUAUCCAGCACGCAAAAACUCGAACCCGCCGCCGUUCCGUCCACGGCCUUCGCGAUCCGCCCAGCUGCUGCGAAGGACGCGGCUGCGGACAAUCAUCCUGGGCCUGGCGGCCAUCCUGGGCAUCCUGUACCUCCUGUCCGGGACGACCAAGCCUGAUCCCUACAGGGAGCACGUGCCGUCCGGAUCGCCGCCCGUGGUCAUCGUCACGGUGGUGGACCCUACGACGUACAGCAGCUCGUAUCUGAAGAAUGUGGAGGAGAAUCGCAAACUCUACGCCAAAAAACAUGGCUACGAGACAUUCAUCGUCAAGGCGCACGACUACGAUACGGGAGGCUACCAGCAGUCUUGGGCAAAGGUCAUGGCCAUCAGACACGCCAUCUCGACGUACCCGGACUGCAAGUACGUCUGGUUCCUGGGCCAGGACGCCUUCGUCGUCGAACCGGGCUGGUCGCUCGACAGGCUCCUCCUGGACCAGCACGUCCUCGAGGGCCUCAUGAUCAAGGACUACCCCAUCGUCCCGCCCGACAGCAUCAUCAAGACCUUCUCCCACCUCGGCGGCGACGACGCCCACCUCGUCAUCAGCCAGGACAAGGACGGGCUCGUCGCGGACAGCCUGAUUGUGCGGAAUGGGGAGUGGGCCAAGUUCUUCACCGAGACGUGGCUUGAUCCGCUGUAUCGGAGCUAUAAUUUUCAAAAGGCCGAGAGGCAUGCCUUGGAACACAUGGUCCAGUGGCAUCCCACCAUCCUGUCCAAGGUGGCGCUCGUGCCUCAGCGCAAGAUGGCGGCAUACGUCUACUCCAACCUCGGAGACGCCUACCAAGAGGGUGACUUUGUGGCCAUGCUGACCGGAUGCUCCCCGCAGGGAGAGAACAGCUGUGAAAAGGUAUCGGAGUGGAUCUAG